AUGUCUCAGUCAAUGCGCAUCGUCCCCGGAAACAACAACCCCCAGACCUUCACCCACACGACGCACACCUCGUCGGCGCCCUCUGCCCCGGGCAUCCACGACACCCUCCGUCACGGCGUCGGCGUCUCGCCCUUCGACGCCAAGUCGUCCGUCCCCGUGUCGGCGCACCCCCUCGAGGCCCGCCUCAAGAACUGGGAGGCUACCCAGGAGUCCCUCCGCAUGGAGACCCUCCGCCGCUCCUUUGGCAUGGCCGAGCCCAUCCGCCGCGGUAUGGAGCUCAAGAUUGUCCGCAACGGCGAGUGGCGGCCCAUGGCUCUCGGCGGAGGUCUGCCUAGUGUCCACGAGGAUAUCCUCAAGGGUCGCGACGACAUGAUUACCUGGGAGGAUAUCUUUACCGGCGAUGAGACGAGGGGUGUUGCUGGCUUCCACGAUGAGAUGGAGAAGAAGCUCAAGAUUCAGUAA